GACAGUUAUUCACCUUUCCUUUUUCAAAGACUCGACUGCGGUUCAACAUUCUUUAACCUCCAUCGCAAAAGGACGGAAAAACAAGACGAAGGACGCCAUAAUGGGUGGCUUGAUUUCUAAAAGGAUUCUCAUUGCAAACGGAUACCAUCACGAUAUUUACGCUCGAGUGGACACGGAUAAAUCGGCGGCCAUCAAAAGCGGAGCCACGCACAUUAGACUGCCGUCGGCCGACGACAAAAAUGCGACCGUCAACGAAUCCAUCACUAACGAACUCUUCAAAGAGAAAUUAUUCAUCAAGAUGGCGGCCGGAUUUCGGGCCUGUUUCCGCAUCAACACCUCCGCAAAAAAUUCAAACGCCGAUGGUGAGGUCUAUGUCACGAUCGCGUUAUCCAACGGUGAAUUCAUUUGCAGAGGAUUGGCUGUACAAGUAAACCGCUGCUUAAUCAUCGAUAGUCAAGGCAACCUGCAAAUAGUGCAGCAUUCAAUUGCGAGCCAAUUGGGUGUAGGCACCAAAUCGAGCGCUACAUGGAAAGACAUCAUCAUCGACGGCAUCGAUCAUGGUAAAUUGAAAAAGAACGUCUAACGUGCCCAACUCAUUAGCACCGUAAUUAGCCUUACGUGCAGCCGUGUAACGAAUAGCUCAAAAAAAUCGUGAAUACUUAAAAAACAACAAUCGAUGGAGUAAUUCCAUUUGAAUUGCAGAGACACGUAACAGCUGAAUAGGUCUAAUCUCCAUUCCCUUUAUGAUGUAAACCCAGUUGUGUGUGCAACUGCGCAACAUUCUUCAACAUAAAAAACAUUUAAAAAAUAACCAAAAAGAGGACGUCGACCUGUUGUAACAUUUCGUAAUGUGCGAUUGAGAGGUCGUUUAAAAAAAAAAUUACGUCCAUUUCUUUAACGACCAUAUUGUGCGUCCAUUCUCCGUUAUUGUGAGACCUUUCGCAGCAAUUGAACACAGUGGACUUAAUGGAAUCACUUGAAAAAUGCGUAGCAAUUUAGAAACUGUUUUCUCUGCACCCCCCCCCCCCCCUUUUUCAGCUUGUCGAGAAAGUAAAGGCUAACUACACAAUCGGAUUCCAUUAGUUUUUGGCAAAGGGCACGCCAGAAAAGUAUUAAGCCUGCAAUGUUAUUCCAAUCGUCAUUCGACGGCAAGCGUACUUGAGUGGCCUAUAAAGAAAUCCUUGUCCAACUAUACGAUGCCAACAGACGAGCGUCGCCAGUAAAAGGAAAAGGAUCACCAGGUCACGGGUAAUAGGAGCACCAGCAGCACUCACCACACCCUUUAGUUUUUAUAAAGAGAUUCGAAGAUCUCCAAUAAAAAAAAAAAGGAGAGAGAGGGUGGAGAGUCCGAGUCGACGUGAUCCGAUCCGAAAAGUGAUUACAAUUGCCGUACAUCAAUCACCAUCGGUCUUGUGAAAUGGUACCAGCCAAUCGAUUUCAUCUUGUCGUAUACAAUGCGUGAACUGUAAUAGAGUUUUCUAUACACUUGAGUCUAACAUC